CGAGAAAUCGCGGCAUGACAUAACAGACAGUUUUACAGCUUCAGUGAUUUCAGUUCAGAUGACCGUUUCACCAAUAACCCAAUAAUAAUAGUAAUAAAAUAUUUUUAUUAUUGAGUGUUUCCAUCGCAAACAAUAUGAAACCAGUAAAUUAGAUUUUUAAAACGGGGAGCUGGAAUCUGGAAGAAUAACAGCAGUGUUUUGUUGGGGGGCGUUCACACAGGACUGUCUGCGCUGUUUUUUUCUUUGGUCUGUGUACGAAUUCACAGUAGCGUCGCGUCUGGCGCGUUGCGUUUUCAACUUGAUUAAACACAACUUAGCUUUAGUGGCUAAUUUUAUCAAACACGUUCAACAUAAUUUUUUGGAGCAUAUAUACAUGAUGUUUUACGUUGUCGCGUUUUGCAGUUCAGAGUUCAUCUGUUUUCGGACGUCAGAACGUCAUGGGAGCAGACAGUGUAGAAAGGGGUCAAAAUAAUACCUGACUUUAGACUUUAUAAAGUAUUGAAAAUACUUGACUUUAGACUUUAUAAAGUAUUGGAAUUACUUAAAUUUUUAUAUUUAUAAAAAAAAAAAAAAAAAAAAAAAGUUUAUUCGACUUUUAGUUCUAGCUAUGUUUCUUACCCACAUCUGACUUGCUAUACUUUAAAGACUUACAAGACAAUCUAGUGUGAUAUCCUGGUUGUUUGUAAACUUGAAUGUAAAAGUGAGUGGUAACUUGUCCAGACAUGUGUGUGUCCAGUGGGAGGAGCUAGUGACAGAACUGAGAGCAUCAAAUGUGUUUAUCAUGGUUUGGUCCCAUUAAAAUUUUUCGUGCACCUGUACCAAUUCAUAAGUCUGGAGAAAUGCGUCAAGAGUAUGAGAAACAAAAGAUGAAGGGUGGAUGCAGUGAAGAAACUGAAGAGAGAAAGAAAAAAAUCCAUAGAAAAGAAGAGUGUGGGAUGCUGAAACAUUGUCAAUAUCCUUUCUGUGGUGUGUCAGACUCCGAGAAUGAAGAGCCAGUGGGAAAGAGGACCAGACAUGUUUCAGCAUUUGUACGAAAAACAAGAUGCUCCCCUGCUGUCAAUAGAGGAUGUCUUCAUAGCACUGCUGUUCAGAGGAGCAGGAGCUGUACAGAUUCUGAGGAUGGCAGAGGAAAAAGCAGAGUUCACACACAUCAUGCCAUUCCUGACAAGGCUAGCAUCACUCAUAGUUACAACGCUGGAAUCCUUCUCUCCUCGGAGAACAGUUUAUCUUUUUCAGCCCCAGUACUAAGCCUAGAUAAGAGACACCACUGGCGGGGCAUCCACACCUCAUCUGUUUCUGUUGUGCUUCAAACGAAACCAGAGAGGUCCAUUAGCCCAGAGAGCAAUGAUAGCAUAUCGGAAGAACUCAACCAUUUCAAGCCUAUCGUCUGCUCACCGUGCACGCCCCCCAAAAGGUUGCCCGACGGGCGACUUUUGGAACCUACAAUCGUGAAGUCGACCCCUAGGAACUUGACACGCGCUCUGCACAAGUCCACAAGCUACGAGGCCAGCCCAACCAUCUUGCAGAAGUGGAAGCAGAUUGAAGUUGAUCGUCAGUGCAUCAAGGUGACCUCAAAAGGUACAGUCACGAGUCCGAUCGCAGAGGAUCUUAGCCUUAAAUUGAGUCCCGUUGAAGAACAGGACAGCCGACUCUGCAACUGUGCUGUAGCCAAGGAAGGCUUAGAGGAUAAUCAAUGCAAUUGUGGAUCUAAGGAUCGGAAGGAUAAACUUGUAGUCUGUAAUAAACGACGGCUUAUAUUUGAUCAGUGUAACACAGAGGAAGAUACACAGCCAGUUAGCGCUCACAUCAGGUCAACACCUCAAACUAUUGCAGAUACUUCAUCCCCGAAAAGGCGUAGCAGAUGUGAAGCACUCUGUGAACCCACAGAAAUGUUAGAUAAACAUGCUGGACAUUGUAAUCAGGGUCCUGUAGACCCUGAGAACUUAAUAAAUGAGCCUACCACCAGGAGCUGUGUACUUAACAGACCUACCUCAAGAAGGGGCAAAAAGAGAAGCCACAAAACCAAACACUUGGAAGAGAACCUACAGACAAAAAUAUCCCGGACAGAUCGCUGCAAUGCCUAUGACAGGCUUGAUGAUCUGAUUGUCCGGCGAAUGAGUCAGGAAAAGGAGGACAGAGAAUUGGCGCUAAAGUUACAAAGACAGUUUGACAGAGAAUGCCAAAAAGUGGACCGGCACAAAACAAGUCGUAACAAAUACGAACUCAGGUCCUGGGCUACAAAAGAUGGGAUGGUAGGACACAAUACACGCAGAUCAGGAAGAAUCUCCAAAAGAAAUGAGCACUUUAACUAUAGCUGUUAAAGGGACUUGCGGUUAUAGUAGUGUUUUAUUGUAGUUAUUUGUCAUGGUCACACAUGUUUUCUUUGCUUGGGCACUACAGAGGCUUUCUAACGUCUGGAAAAGUAUUGCAAGAUAAGGUAUUUACUUUUUUGACUCGUCAUUUAACAGAUGUGUUUCAUCCAAAGCAACUUGCUAUAAUUGAGUCCACCUAGAGCAACCUGGGGUUAAGUGCCUUUGCUCAAGGGCACAAUGGUCGUAGGAGAGGAUUGGGCUCUCAGCAACUUUCCCGUUCAUGGGGAUUCAAAGCUGCAGUGUUUUGUUUCCAGCUCUGUUACUGUUUAUCUGGCUUCUACCACUCAAAAACAGGAAACUGGGUAUAUGUUGUUUGGGGGAUGGAAAAUACAUACAGAACUAUACAUACAAAAUACAUACAGAACUCUGAAAGGCUUUUUAGUACUUCAAGCCAGAGACGAUAGUACUCCUUACAGUCUCUUUGUGCUCAUCACAAUCACAAUUGCUCCAUAAGAAGUUUGUUUGCAUGUUUUAAAGUUAUCAUAGGACAUUUGUACAAAGGUGUAGCUUAACCCUUUAUUUGGCAUUUCUUGUUUCCAGUGGUCUGGGAAGUUUUCUCUUGAUGUAUCAAUCUAUCAAACAACUUGUACGAAUAUAUAUUUUUGUGAAUGAUUUGGGUGGAAAAGAGUAAAAUUGUAGCCUUAAGUCAGAAAACUACUCUACACAAGUACAUAGACGCAAAUGCUUGGUCAACGAUUUGCGAGAGCACAGUCUUGUUGUACGUAACCUGUUUACUGCGUUCUUGAGUACUAAGGUUUGUUUCUGCCACAAUACUAAAGGCAGCGACAGAGAUGCCUUCAAAUGUUUGUGCCAUUAAUAAGGAUGUAUUAUUUUUUAGUUAGCCAGCUAUAAACAUGUCAGCAGGGUUAGUUCACCCAAAAAUUAAAUUUCUGUCAUUAAUUACUCGCCCUCAUGUCGUUCCAAACCUGUAAGACAUUCAUUCAUCUUCGGAACACAAAUUAAGAUAUUUUUGAUGAAAUCCGAGGGUUUCUGAACCACACAUAGGCAGCAUCGUCAUUGCACCUUUUGAGGUCUAGAAAGGUAUUAAAGACAUCAAUAAAACAGUCAACGUGACUGCAGUGGUUCAACCUUAAUAUUAUGAAGCAACAAGAACUUUUUGUGUGCAAAAACAAAACAAAAAUAAUGACUUUAUUCAACAAUCUUUUUUCUCUUCCCUGACAGUCUCCUACUCUGUUUAUGUUGUAGACUCAGUGCAGCACUUCCUUGUUUACGUCCAAACGCCGGCUCAGUAUUGGCUGAUGCUGUACAUGUGAGCAGCACGACACAUGCUUGUGAUGCUGACGCAGGAGCCGACCAAAAAUGAGCCGGCCUUCUGACGUAGAACACGGAAGCCCUGCGUUUACUACAUCAACAGCAUAGGAGGCAGUCAUGGAAGAGAAGAAUAAAGUCAUUAUUUUUGUUUGUUUUUUGUGCACAAAAAGUAUUUUCGUUGCUUCAUAACAUUAAAGUUGAACCACUGUAGUCACAUUGACUAUUUUAACAAAGUCUUUACUACCUCUCUGGACUUCUGUGGUUCAGAAACCCUCAGAUUUCAUCAAAAAUAAUUUGUGUUCUGAAGAUGAACGAAGGUCUUACGGGUGUGGAAUGACAUGAGGGUGAGUAAUUAAUGACAGAAAUUUAAUUUUUGGGUGAACUGACCCUUUAAGGUAGAGCCACUUUAAGACAAACAUCCACGGUUACCUACAAAGGCGUAACAAUUCGUUCAACUAUUUUUGUAGUUUUAAGCUUUAAAAAAAAAAAAAAAGAAGUCAUGGACAAUUUUAUUUGUAUGGUAUCUGCAGACCGUGACUGUCGUAAAACUCCAACAGCUAUUCAAUGACUUUCUCUAAUGGUAGAGCUGCGGAGGUUGGGAUCUUAAGAUCUCUGAUUAAGGAGUUUGUGUUGCUGUAUUAACGAAAUGAGCGAAGGAAAAUAAACAUCAAAGGAGGUGGUAAGUAAUUCACCGGAGAAACUGAUCGUAGAUUACGGUUUAUGCUCUAGCACCCCUUAUGGCAGUGCUGAGAAUGCAACACUUGUAUUACGAAUUAUGUUGUUACACAUUUCAUUAUUUGAAAUCAAACUUGAGUAGAAAGCUGUUGCGUUCACGUGUUUGUGUUGAGUAUGUUUUGGGCCUAACUGUACAAAUGUUUUUACUUUUAAGUAAAAUAGCUAUAAAAUAGUUUGGGAUGUUAAAACUCUAAAAGGCAUUGUGCGACAAUGUUGACCGUUAAGAUUUCUAAAGAAAUCUGAUUGUUUUAUAUCUUUUAUUAUUUAAACAAAACCUAACUUUUUUUUUUAUUUUAAUUUUUUUUAAAUACAUUUUAAGUGUUUUGACACUCUCCAAACUGUAAUCUAAAUAAAAUAUAAUAAAUCAAAUUGAGAGGAUAUAAAGUAACUGCAUUUGGAUACUUCUGUAAAUGCUUUGCAUAUAACGCCACAACGAAAAAUCAUGCAUGCUUACUUGAUUUGGCAACUAGCAAAACAAAUAUGUGGAUUUUCUUUAAGACAUUGGUUUUCUGUCAUUAUAUUUUUUUGGAGUUUCCACAUAUUUCACUUUUAGCUUGAUCUUCACUUUCUUAAGGGCUACUUUCAUUUCACAACUUUAUCUGUUAGGCUUUGUUUACUAGAGAGAUCUAUCUUGUGACUUGUGUCUAUCAAAGAAAGCUUUAACCAUGUUUCUUUUGCUGUAAUAGACAUUCAUUUGGACCACAUCUAUAUGCACAUACAUUUACUCUUGCCUACUUUUUACCCUGAACUCAUUUUUAUUACAGACAGAUCAUUUCAAUCCUGUAUACUUCUUUGUAAUGUGCCAACAUGUCUGAUUUCUGCAGUCAGGCAGUCUUUCCUUUUCCUUUUUUUUUUCUAGUUAAGUUCUAUACAAUUCUAUAGGUUGCCAGAUGUACUAUUGGAGAAGAUAAAAUAGAUUCUUAUGCAUUACUGUACUAUUUUGGAAAUAUGACUUGCCUAUAUUGAUACUGAUGCAAAGAUGUUAUUUGGGAUUGUUUCUGACUGGCUUUCGAAGCACUUGGAUUGUCUUCCAUUGUUGAAAGUUAUUGCUGGAUUUGAAAGAGAAUGUGGCAUAUGUAUGAAUUCUGUGGAGAUGUAAAGCACACAUUAUAUUUAUUUGAACAGUA